GUUGAUGCCAACGUGGGAAUUCGAUUUCAAGCAACGUGUACCGAAGCCUUGCCCGCUAUAAGUCUGGAAUACACUCGACCCGUUUGCUUUAGCUUCCCGAAACUCGAGCUGUGUUUCAACCGUCACGGAAGCGUUGAUCUGCCGUGCUUGCGCAGAAUUGGCUGUUCGUUCUUAGCUUCGGCCCAGGAAGCGUCCCACCAAAAUCGCGCCGAAUUGUUGGUCUCCGCCAAAGAGCAACUCAGGUGUCCCAUUUCACAACUUUUGGGGAAGCCUCGGUGGAUGCAAUAGCAAGAGACGCUCGCUGGCCAUCAAUAGCAAGAGACGCUCGCUGGCCAUUCCAGCCUACGUAGAGCUCGCCACAUUUCGAGACCAUGGCCACUGUCCAAAGCAACGUCUCGCUUCGAGACAAACAGAAAGCGGCUUUGUUUCGUAUGCUCGACCUGCACAAACCAAGCAGAUCAGACACGUCAAAAGAGGAGGGUUUGCUGCCAGAGUCGCUGCCUAUUCUGGCUGGAGAUGAGCCUAUAUGGAAGGUGCUGGUCUUAGAUGCCAGUGGCAUGGCGAUCGUGAGCAGUACGCUGCGAGUUGCCGACUUGAGGAGUAGAGGGGUCACUCUGCACUUGAGCCUCAACAGCCGACGUGCUGCAAUUUCUGAUGUACCAGCAAUCUACUUCGUCGAGCCUACAAAAGCCAACCUUGAUAUCAUAUUAUCCGACCUAAAGGCCGGCCUUUACUCUCCUAUUCAUCUGGACUUCACCUCUUCUGUACCACGCCCACUACUCGAAGAAUUCGCUAGCGAGGUCGCCGCCGCCAACGUAGCCGAGUCGAUCUCUUCGGUCUUCGACAAUUAUGUCAACUUCGUAGUUUCAGAACCGAAUCUCUUCUCGCUCGGCAUCAGCAACGCGUACUCGAUCCUCAACAGUCCGAACACUUCUGAUGAGGAACUCGACGCCACGGUGGAUCGCAUCGUCUCCGGCCUCUUCAGCGUGUGUGUUACCAUGGAGAAAGUGCCCAUCAUACGCGCGCCUAAGGACGGUGCAGCAUCACUUAUCGCACCGAAGCUUGAUCGCAAAUUGCGCGACCAUAUUCUCUCGACCAAAGAACAGUCGUUGUUUGCGGCUGGAUCGUCCUCCGCGAGGCCAGUUCUUGCCAUCAUUGACCGCAACGUUGACGUGACAAGUAUGCUGUGCCAUUCGUGGUUUUAUCAGUCAUUAGUAUAUGACUGCCUUGAUGUUAAGCUCAAUCAAAUCACGGUCGAAGUAACUGAUGACAACGCAAAACCGAUCAAGAAAAACUUCGAUCUAAAGUCCAACGACACGUUCUGGGCUAAGCACGCGGCUGACCCGUUUCCCGAAGCAGCGCAGAAGAUAGAUGAGGAUCUGGCAAAGUACAAAGAUGAAGCCGCGGAAGUAACUCGCAAGACAGGCGCUUCGAGUCUGGAGGAUCUCUCUGGGGACAACGCUGUGGACCCGCAGCACCUGAGAGCGGCACUGACGCUUCUUCCGGAACUAAAAGAGCGCAAGGCGCAAUUGGAUAUGCACAUGACCAUAUUGACUAGCCUUCUGAAAGCAAUUAAAGAUCGCGCCCUUGACCAAUACUACUCGAUCGAAGAAGACAUUGUCGCGAAAAAAGGCUUUACACGUCAGCAACUGCUCGAGUUCUUAGGCUCCGAAGAGAAACGAGGGAAGGACAGUCUGGAUGCAUUGCGUCUAUUCAUCUUCUGGUACCUAAAUGCGGAAAAUGACAUCUCUCGAGCGGAAAUGCAGGCAUUCGAAAGAGCUCUCGUAGCUGCUGGGGCAGAUAUAACGUGUUUGUCGUAUGUCAAACAGCUACGACAGGUUUCAAGGAUGUCCAUGAUGGCAGCUGCUCCCGCAGCUGAGCGAGAACAGACUUCUAUGUCGAGUGAUUUAUUCGGUUCUAUAUCAAGCCGUCUCACGUCGGGCCUCAAAGAUGUCGGUCUCUCAAACGUAGACUUAUCUACCCUCACCAAGGGCUUAAAAAAUCUUAUGCCUAGCUCUAGUGACAUGACAGUGACGCAGAUCAUGCAUGGCUUGCUUGCUCCAACCGAGGCUAGCACGGCCGCAUUGCGAAGGUCUGAGGAUUGGUUAUACUAUGAUCCGCGAUCUGCGCAUGCAAGAGGUAACAUGCCGACAGGAAGAGGCGAUAAAGAACCCAGGCAGAGAGGAAUUGAUGCAAGUUUUGGGAUGCGAAGACAAGGCUUUAGCGAAGCAAUUCUAUUCACCGUUGGUGGAGGAAGCGUGGAGGAGUACACAAACAUCCAAGCGUUUGCACAGCGAAAUAAGGUCGCUGGUGCAGGACCUCGCUACAACAUCGUUUACGGCUCGACGGAGAUCCUCAAGCCUCAAGAAUUUGUUUCUGAGCUCCAACGGCUUGGAAAAGAGACAUCGUAGCAAAAUUGACGAGAUACCAAGAGCAAGACCGACUUGUUUCAAAGCAAAAUGUGGGCUUCUAUUCAUUACUUUUUGGCCCCUACUCUUCCGGCGCCUCUAAAAGCUACACCAACCACGCAAAAUGCUGCGACUGCGUACGCAAAAUCAGCGUAGUUUGCAGCUCUCAAGCCUGCCAGAUACGCAUCGUUAUUUUUCAUCGAAAGAUGCAAACUAUUGCCGACCUCUUUUACAUCGACUCCUUCUCUCUUUGCUGUCACAGCUGUUUGGACAGCCGUGGAUAUCGCCAACCCAAUGGCUCGUCCAAUCUGACCAACGGCGUUUAUCAGAGCACCACCCAGUGCUUGAUCUGCAGGCGGAACACUCUGUGCGGUAAACAAUGUAAGUGUGGGAUAUAGAGUAUCAGCGCCGGAGACUGCCAGUAUCAUCGCGAUGAAGUUCCAGGCCCAGUAUGUUGUAUGCGGCGGGAUCGGCACUGCAAACAAGAGCGAACAUGUUGCUACGCAGAGCGUGCCCCAAAAUAGGAGGUACAUUCCACGAACACGCGACAGCAGAAACCCCGUUGUCAUUGCAGUCAAGAUUCCAACGACACCGGUAGGUAUAAACCGAAGCAUAGUGUCAAUGACAGAUAAACCCUGGUAAUCCUGGAAGAAAAAUGUAGUGAAAACUAAGUAAUUUGAAAACGAGGCGAAGAACAGCAUCAUGAUCAACAUUGCUCCGGAGAACCGCAAGCUCUUGAAGACGGACACCUUCAUCAAGGGAUGUCUACUCGUCAUAUUUUCCUGAUACCAUUGCCAAGCAACAAAAAUACCAACCAUGAGAAUUGAUAUGAUUAUUAGAGCUGGCACCCACGGAGUACUCCAUCCAACAAUGUUGCCUUCUGUCAAUGCGAAGAGGAGCAUAAGCAAAGCAAUAGUAAUGGUUGCUCCACCAAUCCAAUCAACGGAAGCUCUGUUCUCCACGGGCUUAGGAGGCGCUGGCGGAAUCAGAAACCAGCCAGCAGUUGUGACCAGUGCAGCGAGAAUCGCUAUCACCCAGAAUGUCCCUAGGGAUUGUUAGC